UCUGAAAUCCAAUCGUUUCCGUAGAGUUAGUUAUAGCACGGGUUAUAGCAAUUGUUUGUUUACGUUAUGUUUGAGCAAAAAAAUCAAACAAAAACCUUCCUGAAUUGGUACAAAACGAACGAAGAUAUUAAAAAAUUGGCAGAACAAGCAGAAUUAAGAUUAAUUUCUGAGAAAUCCAAAGUUGCGUACUAUAAAUAAUACGACAGAUUAGUGAAAUGGAUGCCAAGAAAAAAUUCCGACAUUGUGGACAUGAACACUAAUUUUCUAAUUCUUUAUAGUCAAGUCAAUAUAAAUCGUCAUCACUUUGGUGUAUUCACUCAAAAUUACAGACAAUGUUGAGAAUUAAAAAAGGAAUUAACAAAGGCCAUGACCCCAAAAAAUCGUUAGUAUUUCCGGAAGAAAAGUUACGUACAUUUUUUACCCAAGCCCCAGAUGAUACGUUCCUGUUUUUGAAAGUUGUAACUAUUUGUGGUAUAUUUGGAUCAUGUAGAAGAUAUGAACUCUGUGAUUGGCGCAUGUCUGACAUUAAGAGCGAGGGUUUUGUUUUAUUAAACACUAUUUGUCCAUCUAAAACGGAAAAAGGCCGAAAAUUUGCAGUUAUUGAUGAUUCUGACAUAUUGUAUGUCAAGUUAUUCAACAAAUCUGUCACUCCGUCCAGAAAAUCUAACUACGCUGAGAAAUACACCCGUCAUGCUUUUAGACGAAGUUCGGCUUUGAUCAUGGCAAAUAGUGGAGUGAGCGUGGAUGAGCUGAAACGGCAAGUAGGGUGGAAAUCUUCGAGCGUGGCCAGUGGCAAAUAUUGAAGAAUCCACUUCAAACACAAUAGUUUCCAAACGCAUUGCUGGACUUUCAACCAAACAGUGAAAAUGAAGAAGUUACUACUAGUUUCCAAUUAACAAAUAGUAAUCAACUUAAAACGGAGGGGUUUCAAGUUUCAAACAAUAAU